UGUUAGGUUGGUAUGUUCGUUAAUAAUACCAAAACUCGCCAUUCGUUUCUCUCGUGACUAGAGCCGAGGACAGAAUUUUGACAGAAAAUGCAACCUCAAAUUAUUUUAUUAAAAGAAGGCACUGAGGAUGCCCAAGGAAAGCAGCAAAUCAUCUCCAACAUCAAUGCCUGUCAAGUGGUGGUCGAGGCAGUGCGCACCACCCUUGGCCCCAGGGGCAUGGACAAGCUGAUUGUCACCCAGAACGGCAAAGCUACCAUCUCCAAUGAUGGUGCCACGAUCAUGAAACUGCUCGACAUUGUCCACCCUGCAGCCAAAACAUUGGUUGACAUUGCGAAGUCACAAGAUGCUGAGGUUGGAGACGGAACUACCAGUGUUGUGCUGAUUGCUGGAGAAAUCUUGAAGCAGCUGAAGCCAUUUGUUGAAGAAGGUGUGCACUCACGAGUAAUCAUCAAAGCCCUGAGGAGAGCCACACAAGUUUCAGUUGAUGAAAUAAAAAAAUUAGCUGUCAAAAUCGAAAAGAGCAGCCCAGAGAGCACCAGGGAGCUGUUGAUCAAGUGUGCUGCCACAGCCUUGAGUUCAAAACUCGUCAGCCAGCAGAAGGGCUUCUUCAGCCAGAUGGUUGUUGAUGCAGUUAUGUCGCUUGAUGAUCUUCUGCCUCUAGAUAUGAUUGGCAUCAAGCAGGUCCAGGGGGGCGCUUUGGAGGAAUCGUUACUGGUCAAGGGAGUGGCUUUCAAGAAAACUUUUUCAUAUGCUGGAUUUGAAAUGCAGCCUAAGACUUACAAAAACCCCAAAAUCGCUUUGCUUAAUAUUGAACUGGAACUGAAGGCUGAGCGAGACAAUGCUGAGAUCCGGCUGGAGAGUGUUGAGGAGUACCAAAAGGUUGUUGAUGCUGAAUGGAGCAUUCUUUACGAGAAGCUAGACAAAAUCCAUAAGAGCGGAGCGCAAGUAGUUUUGUCCAAACUGCCCAUCGGAGAUGUGGCUACGCAGUAUUUCGCCGAUCGAGAUAUGUUCUGCGCCGGUAGGGUGCCUGACGAGGACUUGAAGAGGACCAUGAAGGCUUGUGGUGGUGCUGUAAUGUCCACAGCCCACGAUCUCAAUGAUUCUGCUCUUGGCGUAUGCGAGACCUUUGUUGAGACGCAGAUUGGAGGCGAAAGAUUUAACCUUUUAGAAGGCUGCUCUAAUGCGAGAACCUGCACUCUCAUUCUCCGCGGUGGUGCUGAACAGUUCCUUGAGGAGACAGAAAGGUCUCUCCAUGACGCAAUUAUGAUUGUGAGGAGAACUCUGAAGAAUGACGCUGUUGUCGCUGGUGGUGGAGCCAUUGAAAUGGAACUCAGCAAGAAGCUGCGCGAUGAAUCGAGGAUGAUCGCUGGCAAGGAGCAGCUGCUGAUUGGCGCCGUCGCCAAAGCUCUGGAAAUCAUUCCACGUCAGCUCGCAGAUAAUGCUGGCUUUGAUGCGACCAACAUUUUGAACAAGCUUAGGCAAAAGCACUCAAUGGGCAAGACUUGGUAUGGCGUUGAUAUCACCAAGGAAGACAUUUCUGACAACUUCGAAGCUUGCGUUUGGGAGCCAGCGGUCAUGAAAAUCAACGCUCUCACUGCUGCAUGUGAAGCCGCCUGCCUUAUCAUCUCGGUCGACCAAACGAUCAAGAACCCAAAGGCCGGUGACGGCGGACCACCAGGAGGCAUGGGCAGGGGGCGUGGAAGGCCCAUGUAAGGAGGCGAGUCUAUCUCAAUGAUCUUUUUACGCUAUUUUCAAAUUGUUGCACUAAACAGCUUAACUAAAACAGUGAUCGAAUGUCACACCACCAAUUCUUUAUUUUACCACAGUUAUGAUAAUAAUUUAUUAACGAGCCAAUUGCAACUGAAAUCAACACAAUGUUUUGUAACAAUUUCUGUUCCAAGGAUGCAUAAAUUGUGAUGCGCAAAUUUAAGAGGAAUAAAUUGUCAAAAGUAACUCAUCAA